AUAAGGUUUUAGCAAUUCUUACUGUAAUAUUGAAUGUAUGUAAUGCAUUUAUUUGAAUAUGAGAUACAUACAAAUCAUGUUUAAACCAAAUAAGGAAAUCGUGCGUAACCGUAUUUAUAAUUAUCUCGUGUGCUACUUUAUAAAAUCGUUUAGUGUAAAAUAUACACAUACACUGGUAACCUAGUUUGUGUGAUAUGGAUUUUCCUUUUAAACCGUUUUGUGCAAUAUUUCAUUUCGGAAUAUGAGUGAGAAAGAGAGAUUAUUAGGUUUGAAUCUUGAGGCCGACUAUGGGACUCCGGACUCUAAUGUGAAUACCCAGAGGACUGGCUAUGAUGUGAUAGGUCCACCAAGAGGUCCACCAAUUCAAGUGGAGGAGCUCACUUUUGAAAUAGGUCCUCAGCAAGUGCAUAUUCCCAUAACAUCAAAGGGUCAUACUGGCUUCAGCUUCAGAAAGUUAUGGGCCUUCACUGGACCUGGAUUUCUUAUGAGUAUAGCUUAUCUGGACCCUGGAAAUAUAGAAUCGGAUCUACAAGCCGGUGCCAUAGCAAAAUACAAGUUACUAUGGGUGUUGAUGACGUCAACCAUUUUGGGACUGGUUCUACAGUUGCUAGCCGCAAGACUGGGUUGUGUAACGGGCUUGAACCUAGCCGAGGUGUGCCGACUAGAAUUUCCCAAGAUUCCCAGAGUGGUACUCUGGCUUAUGAUGGAAAUCGCAAUCAUUGGUAGCGACAUUCAAGAAGUUAUCGGAUCAGCUAUUGCAAUAAAUUUGCUCUCCGCGGGAAAAGUACCAAUAUGGGCAGGUGUCCUGAUAACUGGAGCAGAUACAUUUACCUUUCUCUUCCUGGAAAAUUAUGGGCUUAGAAAACUGGAGGCGUUAUUUGGUGCUCUUAUUACGACAAUGGCUUUAACAUUUAUGUAUAUAUACAUAACGGUUGUGCCUAACCAAGUGAGUAUUUUAAAAGGGUUGUUUAUUCCAUGGUGUGAGGACUGUAACAAAGCCGAGAUUCAACAGCUGGUAGGCAUAGUCGGUGCUGUGAUCAUGCCCCAUAAUAUAUAUCUACAUAGCGCUCUCGUCUUGUCUAGGGACAUAGAUAGACGAGACAAGGGUGCUGUGAGAGAGGCAAAUAUGUAUAACUCAAUAGAAUCAGGAAUAGCCUUGUUCGUUUCAUUUCUGAUCAACCUGUUUGUGAUGGCAGUGUUCGCGGAAGCAUUUUCCGGUCCUGGUUAUCCCGAUCCUAGUCUUAGAGUGGCUGGUAAAUGGCUGAAUGAUCAAUAUGGUUUGACUAUGAAGGUCAUCUGGGGAAUAGGGAUACUUGCCGCUGGUCAGAGCUCCACAAUGACGGGGACAUAUGCUGGUCAGUUUGUGAUGCAAGGGUUUUUAAACAUUCAGUGGCCUAAGUGGAAGAGAGUGUUAUUGACUAGAUCCAUAGCCAUGAUACCAACAAUCGUUGUUGCCUUGUUGGCUACAAAAGACCUUGACCUUAUGAAUAAUUGGCUUAACGUGCUACAAAGUAUACAGCUGCCAUUUGCAUUAUUACCCAUACUGCACUGCACAAAUAGCAGGAGAAUCAUGGGAGAUUUUAAAAAUGGAAGGGUUAUGAAAACAGUUGUAUGGUGUCUUGCUGUUUUGGUUAUGGUUAUAAACUUCUAUCUCGUGAUAUUAUUUGUUGGAAGUGGCCAAGCCUGGUAUAUUUAUUUCAUCACGGCUAUAAUAUUACUUACCUACAGUUGCUACGUAACAUAUAUUGCUAUUGGACCUAGCAGAAUUCUACAAUUAAAGAUGACGAUAGCACAGCGUUUGGGUCGUGACACAGCGUACUUGGAACAUGAGAUAGAUCGCCAUAAUCAUCAAGAAUAUACUCCAAAAUAUGAAAAUAAUGUUGAAAACAUAAAUAAAGUUAACGAACUUCAUGAUGGCGACGACCUUGGAAACAACCCCAAUGUUAUGACGCACUAACACAUCUUCAUGUGAUUGAUACAGACUUUUAAAAUGAUAUAAAUUUAAGAUAUAUACAUAAUAUUCAAAUACACGUUGAACUGGAUGUGAAAGUGGAUCUUGUGAACACAGGUAAAAUAAUAUCUGGUUCACAAUAUCCGCUAUCUCCUUCAACUAAUGGUGCAUGUGAUACUAGUAUUUGUACUUAGAUCGUUGAUCUUGUGGACGUGGGUAAAACAAUACCAAGUUCACAAUAUCCGCUAUCUACUUCAGCAAAUGGUGCAUGUGAUAUUUGUACUUAGAUCGUUGAUUUUGUGGACGUGGGUAAAACAAUACCAUGUUCACACUAUCCGCUAUCUCCUUCCGCUAAUAGUGCAUGUGAUAUUUGUUCUUUGAUAGUGGAUCUUGUGGACGUGGGUAAAAUAAUACCAAGUUCACAAUAUCCGCUAUCUCCUUCAACUAAUGGUGCAUGUGAUAUUUGUACUUAGAUCGUUGAUCUUGUGGACGUGGGUAAAAUAAUACCAAGUUCACAAUAUCCGCUAUCUCAUUCAACUAAUGCUGUAUGUGAUAUUUGUACUUAGAUCGUUGAUCUUGUGGACGUGGGUAAAAUAAUACCAAGUUCACAAUAUCCGCUACCUUUUUCCACUCCAUGUUUAUGAGAUAUUUGUUUUAUACCGACAAAUGGGUGAUUUAUUGAAUAAAAACUUGUUUGCGGCAUUACGCAUUGUACAAAAUAUUUAUCUUCAAGUAACAUGAUAUCUAGUACAUUGUAUAUAUCAUUUUGAACACAGUUUCAUUGUGAUGUCAAAUUUGUGUCAUAUACAAGCAAAUACGCUAGAUACAAUAAUGAGGAUUACAAAAUGUAAGCAUUUUUUCUCGAAUGAGCAUGACUGUCUUCUGCUAUAAGUGAACGAGCAAUCAUGCCUGCAAACAUAUAUCAUUACUAUGUUCAAGCAAUCUUCACAGUUCAAACCCUGCUUGUUUUGUGUGAUCCUUUAGAUACCUAUACCUAUAGUUGAAGUUUACAUAAUUGAGCUGCGCCAUGGGAAAACCAACAUAGUGGCUUUGCGACCAGCAUGGAUCCAGACCAGCCUGCGCAUCCGCGUUCGCUUUCAAAGACUAUUACAAUUUGAGAAACCGUUAGCGAACAGCAUGGAUCCUGACCAGACUGCUGGAUGUGCAGGCUGGUCUGGAUCCAUGCUGGUCGCAAAACCACUAUGUUGUUUUUCCCAUGGCAUGGCUCAUAUAAUAACGUGUUCAUUCUUUUUGGUACUUCCUAUGCGCAUUUGCGCAACAGACUACUUUGAUGAAAAUAAUUCAGUUUGGACAUCAGUGGUUCAAACACGCCAGAUAGCUGGCUUUUUAGCUCGGCUAUUCAAAGAAUAGGUUGAGCUAUUGGACUCGUCCAUUCGUCGGUGUUGUCGACCCGAUUUGGUUAAGUUUUUGUAUGUAAGCAGAUAUCUCGAGAUUAGAUUGAAAUUUCAAACACUUAUCCACUGUGAUGAGCUGACAUGCAGUGUACAAGUUCCAUAGCUCUGUUGUGCAUUUUUACAACAACAAAAAACAAAUCGCUUUUUCGACCUUUAUAUUCAUUUAGUUGUCAUUAGUGACAAGGCUGUUGAUUAGUCGAGCGUGGCUGUCCUCCGAUUGAUCUUGUUUAUUCUGUUUCUGUGACUGAAUUUUGCAAGUUAAACCUUUGAAAUAGAUGAUAAAAUAUGUGCACUACUGUGAUACAUUUAUAUGCUUCUGUAUAUAUAGUAAUUGUAUGAUCCAUUGCAUAAACAAAAUUAAUUUCUAUACAUAUUUUUAUUUAUAUACAUGUAUUAUCAUCACCA